GCUCUUAUGCCACGCCCACAAGUCCCAACCAUUGCACCUACAGCAGCUACAGCAGCUACAGAGGCUCCAAAUGUUGAGGCAAGCAAUGUAUGCUUGCCUAACCCAUGCAAGAAUGGUGGCAUAUGUGGUGCAAACUCUAAAGGGGAGUACCUUUGUGCAUGUACACUUGGUUACAGAGGGAAAUUUUGCCAAGAAGCGAUGAUGGACUGUUAUCAGAUAGGUUGUCAGUUAAUCAAGGACUGUCUGUCAUCACCUAAUGGUGCUGUGUGUAUGUGUAAGGUAAAGGGCAUGUCACGCCUUUGCCAGAUGUCUAUUCACAGUCCUUCAGCUUGGGACAAGGUACGACUAAUAGUUUCCGAGGAGACAAUACAUACUGGUGAAAUUAUUGUUGGCGUCAUGUUUGGAAUAUUGGCCAUAUUUGCCUUAUUUUUUGGUAUACAUUGUUAUAGGGUUAAUGCCAGAAGAGUCAUUGUGAGAAAAAGAUAUAAGGAUUUACUCGACCAGGGCAUUGUUCCAAGUGAACUACCACCGGACUGGUGUGAAAUAAGUAACGAUCUCUUGAAAAAGUUAGUCUGCUGUAAAAGGGGGAAAACAGUGACCGAUGCUUACAAACCAAACAAAUCACAAAGUGCUAUUAAGAAAAAGGAAGAUGAAUUAAUUCAGUUACUCAAUUCACAUGCAGCUUUAUUAGAUGACAACCCUUCCAAGAGCAGACAAUUUUAUACUCAAGGUGACCCUCUUGCUACCAGUAGCAGACAUUCUUUAUUUCAAACUCGUAAUGAUAAUGCUCAACAUGUAAACAGACGUUCAAGCAGAGAUCAGGGUACAGGUGCUUAUAAUGUAGGAAGCUCCAUUAGAAGAGUUACACACAAACAGCCUUCUGUAGAAGACAUAGGAUUAACUUCUGGAAAUUCAGUUCGUUCAAUAGUCGACCAUAUAAAUAACACAUUUAAUAACCAUGCACUACGUGAUAGAAGAUAUUCAUCACAUAAGAAGGUGAGAAAACAACGUUCAGAACAUAGCCAGUAUGCUAAUCAAGAGGAAGAAGACCCUAUUAAAUCUUUGUCACACUUCAGUAAGAGCUUAAGCCAGCAGAAGAAUUCAUUACUAGAUAAUGAAAAUAAGAGAGUUGAGGAUGACUCCAAUGAUUUUGACAGUUUUGUUGCAGGGUCAUCUUCUAAAUAUCGAAAUAUUAAACCUUUGUCACACUUCAGUAAGAGCUUAAGCCAGCAGAAGAAUUCAUUACAAGAUGAUGAAAAUAAGAGAGUUGAGGAUGACUCCAAUGAUUUUGACAGUUUUUUUGCAGGGUCAUCUUCUAAAUAUCGAAAUAAUUCUGCAAGAUAUAGGCUUAAUUCAGACAAGUUACGUAAGAAAAGGGCAAAAUGCAUAAAACAUGGUCGGCAAGAGCCUGAGAUAAAGAAUUGUAGAGAACAAAAAUAUAAAGUCCAUAGGAGAAUUGGUGAUAAUAUUGAUAGCCAGGAAAAACUGAAGAAAUCUAUGUCAAAUAGAAGGACUGGAAGAAACAAUGAGGCAUUCUUCAAAUCCUUGCAAGACUCUAAAUCAACACUUUUAUCCAAAGAACUAGAAGACAGCGUAAUUGAUAUUACUAAUACGACAAAUAGAUAUAAUUCAGACUCAAACUCUGAAGAAGGGUCUGAUUCAAGCCAGAAAAUGCUGGUAAUGAUAAAUGAGGAAAGUGUUAUAUCUGACUAUUCAAAAAGUCAGCAUCCGUAUUCAUCAAGAAAUGGCAAUGAAAAUGCAAAUUGUGGAAGACUCAGCAACAGUAGCACAGACUACUCAAGAUUGUAUCUUGACAGCCUUACUAAUUAUCAACAAGAAAUUAGGAAACCAACACAUAACAGUUCUACCUACGAAAAGGGGCUUGAAGAAAAACUUAUCAAUGACAAUGACAACACAGAUGGUGAAUUUAAAGAGCUAACUUUUUCAGAGGACCCAAUGUUCUAUGGUCAUUUGAUUGAUCCAAGCAUGAAACAUGACAACCUUGAGACAACUCAUUGGUACUGGGAUCACAAACCAGGAAUGUAUGAUGCUGACAAAGAUAGGAGAAGUCGACACAAAUUAAAAACAGCAAAUAAAAAAUUAAACACUCGUAUCAGUGGUUUAGAGAGCAAUUUGGAUUUUGGAGAAACACCUUCAAGCCCUUUUGGCAAAAUUCAAUCAGACUUUGAUAAGAAGAGAGAAAGCUGCUCAACAGAGACAGCAGAUAUAGAUAAAACUAAAGAGGUCCUUUCUAAGAAGGCAGAGAAAUUGAUAGGCCAACAGCCAGAAACUUUCAGAAGAUGGAUGAAUAUUGACAAGAAUGGUCUAGAUACAAAAAAAACAUACCAGCAAACUUCAGACAUUAAUAAAUCAGUUGAUAUCGACAGGUCUAUAGACAUACUUUAUCUAAGAAGCUUUAAUAAGGAUGGUGAGAAACGCUAUUUUGUGAGUAAUGAAAUAGGAUAUGAGUACCAAACACAUCCUGAUAACUAUGAAGAACACUCUAUGACAACAACAAUGUUAAGCGACAUGCCAACCGAAUGUUCUUCACUGCUACAUUCAAGCAGUCAAAAUGGAGACAGGAUAACUAGUUACAUGGACAAUUCACCAAGUGCAGGUGUUGGCAUGCCAUCUACUCCUGUUGGCACUCCAAGCACACCUAUUGCUCCAGAGAAUAUAACUGUGAUAAGUGAGAGCUUAAAGGAUGGGGAUACUCUAGUCAAUGUUGAAAAUAAUUCUAGUGAGACUGAUGUAGAAUUAUGACUUACUUCUUCAAAGUUGAUGUGAUUUGUUAUAUUAUUUCAAUGCUUUCAAUGCUAUUUCAUUGUAGUUCAUUAAAUUCAAACUACGGUAUCCAAUAGAGAGUAAAUCUUCAUUGUUAGUAUGAGGAUUUUAUUUUGAUGACCUAGUUUUGACUUUAUUAGCAAGAAAUAUCAUGUCAUUGACAUAUUCAUUGGCUCAGGGAUGAUUUAGUCGUAAAUAUAAACAAACUUUAUGACACUAACUGCUCUGCAAAUAUGCACCAUGCUUGUUUGAGACAAAAAAGAAUUCCUUGGAUUGAAGUUUGAUAAAAUAAUAUUUGCUGGUUAUUGUAUACUUGUUUUGUUGAAGACAAUGAUUAUUUAUUGAUAUCAAUUUUAGCAAAGUUGUUAUGUGUGAUUAUAGUAUCUUUAUUAAAUCAAUAAAACUUAA